CUCGCAUCCCUUCAUCAUGUCCACUGCUUCUAAACACGCCGAUGGAUUAGUACAGUCAGAACGCCCUGCAAAGAGGGUUCGUGUAUCUGGGGAGGCCGAAGACGAGGACGAGUUGGAGGACGGAGGUACGCCUCCCAAUGCUCAAGAGGAACCUCAAAAGGCUUCAGAUUUGUAUCUUGACACCAUCAAUAGAGCUGUAUUGGACUUUGACUUCGAGAAGGUCUGUUCCGUGUCAUCAUCGAACAUCAACAUCUACGGCUGCCUCGUUUGUGGCAAGUACUUCCAAGGGCGAGGGCGCAAUUCCUACGCAUUCGCCCACGCGAUUCACGACGACCAUCACGUUUUCAUAAACCUCGAGACAACUAAGGUGUAUGUUCUCCCCGACGGUUACCUUGUCUCAGACCCGUCUCUAGACGAUAUCUCGUUUGUGCUAGCCCCGAAGUUCACACUAGCGUCGGUCUCCACCCUCUCCACCCCCGAGCAUCUGCGAAAACCCUCCUACGAUCUGUCGAAUAAGCCUUACAUUCCUGGUUAUAUCGGUCUGAAUAACAUCAAGAGGAACGACUACAUGAACGUUGUAAUCCACUCUCUCCUCCAUGUGACCACUCUACGAGAUCAUCUACUCCUUUCAAACUUUCGCGGCAAGGAGCCAGAAUUGUUGAAACGUUUCGCUGGUCUUGCGAAGAAGAUGUGGAAUCCUCGCCUGUUUAAGAGCCAGGUCAGCCCGCACGAGUUCUUGCAAGAGGUCAACCGAGCCAGUGCUGGAAAGUUCAGCCUUGAGAAGCAAGGAGAUCCCAUCGACUUUCUCGGCUGGUUACUGAACCAUUUGCACAAAGAUAUGGGCGGAACCAAGAAGAAGAACUCGAGUUGGUCUUCCGGUCGACGCUACUGUGGACCACCUAAUGACCUGCUUUUGAUAGGCGUGAUCUUUUCCACGUUCCAAGGGGAAGUUCGGAUGGAGACUCAGCAAGUGCUCGUACGACCCGAUACCGGAGGUAAUGAGAAGCCCCGCUUCGACAUCGAUCGAGAGAUUAAGUCAAACGUAUCGCCGUUCCUGUUCUUGGCCGUCGAUUUACCCCCUCCGCCCUUGUUCCAAGACGCGGUUGAGAAAAACAUCAUCCCGCAAGUGAGCAUCCAAUCGGUCCUCGACAAAUACGAUGGUCAGAAGACGCAGGAAUCUUCGGGUCAAUUGAGACGUUUCAAGUGCCAGCGGUUACCGCCCUACAUCAUUCUCCACUUCAAACGCUUCACAAAAAACAUGUUCGUCGAGGAGAAGAACCCAACUAUUGUGAACUUUCCGCUCCGGGGUCUCGACUUUAAAGAUUACCUUGAUGCAUCAGCUGUACACCCUUCUACCGUUUAUGACUUGAUAGCGAAUGUGACGCACGAGUCCGCCGCAGGGACCACCCGGGAUAAGGAAAGCACAAUCUGGAAGGUUCAGCUGCGAGCCGGUGCGGGUGGCGGGGAGAACGAGCGUUGGUACCAGAUCCAAGAUCUCAUCGUCGAGGAGAUCAGAAAGGAGAUGAUAGUCCUUGGAGAGACAGUUCUUCAGAUUUGGGAGCGGAGACCAAGCAUCUCUCCGAGCAACGGAAUGGAGGCUGACAAGUAGUGAUGUAUGAGGCGUUCAGUCAUAGGCUUGUGUAGCGCUACUCGCUCGCGUCUGUGGUCUUAUGGGUUACGAUCGGCAGAAAUGUACGGCGUCAUACAGUCGCGCCUAGCUGCGCCCCGACUACCAUACAUCACGUUUAGGUGUGUUUAAUGGAAACGUCUGCCUUCGCCGUACC